GCAAGCAAUCUGUGAAAAAAUGUCUUACUCUAGAAAUCGCAGAUAUUCAAACUACUCAUCUACCAGGCGCUCUAGGUCAAGAAUUAGGCGUUCGAGGGAUAACUACCAUUAUUCUAGACAUAGAAGCCCAAGUCCCAGAUGGUGUACCAGGCACUCUAGGUCCAGAUCUAGGUGUUCCAGGGACAACUGCCACUAUUCUAUAUGUAGGAGCCCUAGUCCAAGGUGGUCAAGAUCUAGAAAUGUUUCUAGAUCUAGACCAAGUGACAGGGAGACUUACACUCCUAUGCCUAGUAGUAGUUGGAGAGAGUCCCCGGACACCCAGAGAGUCAGAGCUUCAACUCCAGUGAAAGAGCCAGUAUCACUACUUCCAGAUAUUGAAGAGCCACUCAUUCGUCAGCUCAGUGAGCCAGUGUUUCCUGAGUUAUAUGGUACUUUCUUAAGUGAGGAGAUGAUAUGGCAGAUGGAGGAAUGGCGUUUAGAGGCGGAAAGAAACUUUGACUUUGGCCUGUUGUCCAGAAAUCUGACAAGGGACAACAGUGACAAAGGGAGCAGAAAGCGAGGUAGGGAGGACCAAGCAGAGGUUUCCCCACCGGCUAAAAGGCAGAAGUAUGUUCCCACACAGACUGGACCAAACAUACACAUCAACAGAAAUCAUCCAAACUUUCGAAGCCAGCAAAAUGAAGCAGCUAGCCUGCAACACAGCAUAAGCUUGAUUGGAUGUAUCAGCCUACAACACAGCAGUAGCCUGGUUGGAUGUAUCAGCCUGCAACAGAGCAGUAGCCUGGUAAGAUGCAUCAGUCUGCAAAGCAGCAAUAGUUGGUUGGAUGUAUCAGCCUGCAACACAGCAAUAGCUAGCUGGAUGUAUCAGCCUACAACACAACAGUAGCCUGGCUGGAUGUAUCAGCUUGCAACACAGCAGUAGCCUGGUUGAAUGUAUCAGCCUGCAACACAGCAGUAGCCAGGUUGGAUGUAUUAGCCUGCAACACAGCAGUAGCCUGGUUGGAUUUAUCAGCCUGCAACACAGCAGUAGCCAGGUUGAAUGAAUCAGCAUACAACACAGCCAGCAGAAGCCUGGUUGGAUGUAUCAGCCUGCAACACAGCAGUAGCCAAGUUGGAUGAAUCAGCCUACAACACAGCAGUAGCCUGGUUGAAUGUAUCAGCCUGCAACACAGCAGUAGCCUGGUUGGAUGUAUCAGCCUGAAACACAGCAGUAGCCAGGUUGGAUGAAUCAGCCUGCAACACAGCAGUAGCCUGGUUGGAUGUGUCAGCCUACAACACAGCAGUAGCCUGGUUGAAUGUAUCAGCCCGCAACACAACAGUAGCCUGGUUGAAUGUAUCAGCCCGCAACACAGCAGUAGCCAGGUUGGAUGAAUCAGCCUGCAACACAGCAGUAGCCUGGUUAGAUGUGUCAGCCUACAACACAGCAGUAGCCAGGUUGGAUGUAUCAGCCUGCAACACAGCAGUAGCCUGGUUGGAUAUAUCAGCCUGCAAAACAGCAGUAGCCAGGUUGGAUGUGUCAGCCUGAAACACAGCAUUAGCCUGGAAGUGGUUGGAUGUAACAGCCUGCAACACAGCAGUAGCCAGGUUGAAUGUAUCAGCCUGAAACACAGCAGUAGCCUGGUUGGAUGUGUCAGCCUGCAACACAGCAUUAGCCUGGUUCGAUGUAACAGCCUGCAACACAGCAGUAGCCAGGUUGGAUGUAUCAGCCUGAAACACAGCAGUAGCCUGGUUGGAUGUGUCAGCCUGCAACACAGUAGUAGCCUGGUUGGAUGUAACAGCCUGCAACACAGCAUUAGUCAGGUUGGAUGUAACAGCCUACAACACAGCAGUAUCUUGGUUGCAUGUAUCAGCCUCCAACACAGCAUUAGCCUGUUUGGAUGUAUCAGCCUGCAACAGAGCAGUAGCCUGGUUGGAUGCAUCAGUCUGCAAAGCAGCAAUAGCUGGUUGGAUGUAUCAGCUCGCAACACAGCUAUAGCUAGCUGGAUGUAUCAGCCUACAACACAACAGUAGCCUGGCAGGAUGUAUCAGCUUGCAACACAGCAGUAGCCUGGUUGAAUGUAUCAGCCUGCAACACAGCAGUAGCCAGGUUGGAUGUAUCAGCCUGCAACACAGCAGUAGCCUGGUUGGAUUUAUCAGCCUGCAACACAGCAGUAGCCAGGUUAGAUGAAUCAGCAUACAACACAGCCAGCAGAAGCCUUGUUGGAUGUAUCAGCCUGCAACACAGCAGUAGCCAGGUAGGAUGAAUCAGCCUACAACACAGCAGUAGCCUGGUUGAAUGUACUGUGAAAUCAUUUAAUUUCGUGGGCACGAAGUUUCGUGGUUUUGGUCAAAACGGCAAUUUCGUGGGGAUAUGAAUUCGUGGAUUUCAACUUUUGAACAUAAAAUGAAUGGGAAUUUUACUUGUUCGUUGGGAUUAAAUUUCGUGGAUUGACUCAUCCACGAAAUCCACGAAAAAUUAGUCCCCCACGAAUAUUAAUGAUAUUACAGUAUCAGCCUGCAACACAGCAGUAGCCUGGUUGUAUGUAUCAGCCUGCAACACAGCAGUAGCCUGGUUGAAUGUAUCAGCCUGCAACACAGCAGUAGCCUGGUUGAAUGUAUCAGCCUGCAACACGGCAGUAGCCAGGUUGGAUGAAUCAGCCUGCAACACAGCAGUAGCCUGGUUAGAUGUGUCAGCCUACAACACAGCAGUAGCCAGGUUGGAUGUAUCAGCCUGCAACACAGCAGUAGCCUGGUUGGAUAUAUCACCUGCAAUACAGCAGUAGCCAGGAUGGACGUGUCAGCCUGAAACACAGCAUUAGCCUGGAAGUGGUUGGAUGUAACAGCCUGCAACACAGCAGUAGCCAGGUUGGAUGUAUCAGCCUGAAACACAGCAGUAGCCUGGUUGGAUGUGUCAGCCUGCAACACAGCAUUAGCCUGGUUGGAUGUAACAGCCUGCAACACAGCAGUAGCCAGGUUGGAUGUAUCAGACUGCAACACAGCAUUAGCCUGGUUGGAUGUAACAGCCUGCAAUACAGCAGUAGCCAGGUUGGAUGUAUCAGCCUGAAACACAGCAGUAGCCUGGUUGUGGAUGUGUCAGCCUGCAACACAGCAUUAGCCUGGUUGGAUGUAACAGCCUGCAACACAGCAGUAGUCAGGUAGGAUGUAUCAGCCUGCAACACAGUAGUAGCCUGGUUGGAUGUGUCAGCCUGCAACACAGCAUUAGCCUGGUUGGAUGUAACAGCCUGCAACACAGCAUUAGCCUGGUUGGAUGUAACAGCCUACUACACAGCAGUAUCUUGGUUGUAUGUAUCAGCCUGCAACACAGCAUUAGCCUGGUUGGAUGUGUCAGCCUGCAACACAGCAGUAGCCAGGUUGGAUGUAACAGCCUGCAACACAGCAGUAGCCUGGUUGGAUGUGUCAGCCUGCAACACAGCAUUAGCCUGGUUGGAUGUAACAGCCUGCAACACAGCAGUAGCCAAGUUGGAUGUAUCAGCCUGCAAUACAGCAGUAGCCUGAUUGGAUGUGUCAACCUGCAACACAGCAUUAGCCUGGUUGGAUGUAACAGCCUACAACACAGCAAUAGCCUGGUUGGAUGUGUCAGCCUGCAACACAGCAAUAGCCUGGUUGGAUGUGUCAGCCUGCAACACGGCAGUAGCCAGGUUGGACGAAUCAGCCUGCAACACAGCAGUAGCCUGGUUAGAUGUGUCAGCCUGCAACACAGCAGUAGCCUGGUUAGAUGGACUCAACACAGUGGUAGCUGGUGAGAAAAAGUAUCCCAUCAGCACAAUUAUAGCCUGGUUAGAUGAUUCAGCCAUUAAAACAGUGGUAGUUUUGCAGGAUAGAUCAGCCAACAAAACUGGCAGCUUGGCAUUACCAUUAGGUUUUCAGUCAGUGACUGACUUUUUUGCUGGGUUUAACAUCAAACAGGCACAGUUAUCGGUUAUAUUGAACUUUCCAGCUUUACAUAGUGAACAUACGCCAGGCGGCUUAGACGGGAAAUCGUGGUAGAAGUUACACCCCAAGUGAGAACCUACGGCAGCUAGGGGCAAGUGAUUUUAAGUCUGUGUCAACCACUUGAUCAAGGAGGCCUCCAUAUAACUGUUGCCUUUGCCUACAGUAAUCAAACUUGAUAGGAUGAUUGCUUGUUAUAAGAAAAUUAUCGCUAUUAUUUUUGGUGUCUGUAGGUCAAAGGUAAAGGUCACAAUAAUCUUGAGACUGAAAAUGUUUUCUGCUUAGUUACACAGGAACUCCUUGACCUACAGUUUUCAAGCUGUAUACAAGGUCAUGAUUGCUUGUGGUUAGUAGAUGAUUAAGCAGCGGGUCAAAGGUCAAGAUCACAAUGGCCAGACUGAAAUGGUUUCUUUUUGAUAACUCUAUGGCCUGUAGUCUAACGUCAUCGAAUGAUUCUUGUCAGUAGAUGGCUUCUAUUAUGUUGGGGAUCAAUAAGUCAAAGUUCAAGGUUACUGACCUUCAGACUGACAAUAGUUUCUAAUUAAUAACAGCAGAAUGCUUUUGCCUACUGGUUGGCGACCCAGAAUUUCGGACGACCCAGAAACCCGGACAGUCUUGUAAACGCUUAUUUCGGCGUUCUUUUUGAUCAUUUGUUGACAACUACAUAGACACUUGCUUUAUGUGCAACAUCCAUUGCAACAAUUGCAAAUCCAUAAGUAAAACUUACAAAAUUGGAAUAUUUGCAUUAAUUUUGUUCACGAAAUAUUGUGACAACUCUCGCUGGGGGAAGUUGCAUGUGCUUUAAGUGGGCAUGCGCAUACCUGAAUUGAGGCCCCAACAUUAUUCAAGGGGUACACAUCUACAAUCUAUUAAAUGCAGACGAGAAAAUUUCUGUUUUAAAAUGAUCAAAAUGGGUAGAUAGUGCCAGGAUUAAAUUUUUUUUUCCAAAAGCCAUUAUGUAUUUUUUUUAAUAAAUGGAAAAGACGAUUUUUUAAUCUCUCGACAGCCUUAUAUCAAACAUCAAUAGUCGAAUGAAACAAGGUAAAUAUGACUUUUUAUCAUUAACACCGACCUAAUAGUGAUUCUGCGAGAUAGAAAUGACGAUAAUUUGUGUUUUCCUACUGUCCGAUUUCUUGGUCCUGCAACACACAAAAAACGUUAAAUUUACUUACCCUCUUUCGGGUCUCAAUGACAUGUUUAGUUUAUUUUUAGAAACAAACAAAUUCAUGUUUUGUGACCCCGAAGUACUGAACUUGAUUCAGGUAACAUUUCAUGGAUCUUGCAUUAAAAAUGAAAACAGCUGGAAAGGUUGUAAAAUUGUUCGAAUCUGGGUCGCUAACCAGUAGGACUGCCAAAUGCCAUGGGAAGAUUGCCAAUAAAAGACCCCUAUUGCUUUUGGGGUCAAUAAGUUAGAGGUCACAGAGAUGUUGUGGCAUAAAAUUGUUUUCAAUCAAGAAGUUCAGAACUGACCACCUCUGUGGCCUAGUGGUAGAGCGUCCGCUUCGAGUGCGGGAGGUCGUGGGUUCGAUCCCCGGCCGCGUCAUACCAAAGACGUAAAAAGUGGUACUAGUAGCUUCCUCGCUUGGCGCUCACUAUUUAGAGGGUAGUGCUAAGACUGGUCAGCCCGGUGUCAGUAUAAUGUGACUGGGUGGGGUGUCAUGUCAUGCGUCUACGGGCGUGAUAUUCCAGUGAGGCAGCACUAUAAAGUUGGGCAUUGUGCUCACUGCUAGAAGUAGAUACCGUCGUUCAUAUGACUGAAAAAUUGUUGAAAAAGACAUUAAACCCGUACACACACACGCACACACAAUGCUUUGGCCAAAAGUUGUCACUUAAGGAGCGCAAUAUUAUUGCGCGAAAACAAGUUCAUAUUUCUCAAUGCAAAUCUAAUAAUCUUUUUAUUACAUGCGCAUCUACGCUUAAAAUUAUCAUAUAUUAAAUGAUACAAAUUUAUUUAAAGCCGAUGUCACACACUCGAUAAGAAAUUUGAAAGCCAGUACAUAAAAAUAUUGACAUUUCAGGUUCCAUUGAAACCUAACAGAGUUUUUAAAUGAGUAUACAUGUAAAGAUUUCACAGAAUUAUUCUUUGGUGUCUUUCUACAAAGAUUGUUCAAUCUUUUAUGAUUUUUUAAACACAAGUCUACCAGAGUGUAUGACUGAAAUACUGUUGAAAAACGGCGUUAAACCCAAAACAAACAAACAAGUAUUUUUUUUUAACUUUUCCUUAAAUAUACCGGUAUGUAGUUGAAAUUUUAAAAUAAUUUAUCACAAUGACCCUUUGAUGAUUUCAAGGUCAAAGGUUAACUGGUAUUUACAGGUAUACUUUGUGCCCUGUCCAUUACUCUCUCACACAUCCAUCAAGGGAUUAUAAUUCUGCUUGCAUUCGUUUUAUCACAAAGCAUGUUCAGUUACUUUUAUGUCGCUUGCUUGAGAUUUGGCAGAAUAAUUUUACACUAUACUUUCACAAAAAAUGGUCCUUUGGAUAGAUUAGCUUUGCGAGCUAUAUUAAGUAUCAACACAGCCAUAACCUUAUUAGAUGGAUCAGCCUUUAAUGCUGUGGUGGCUUGGUAAGAUAGAUUCGGCACUAAUAUAGCCUAGUUGAAUGGAUCAGACAUCAACACAAUGGUAACAAAGCUGUUUAGAUUAGGUAUCAACAUAGCUAUGGCUUAUUCAGAUUGAUCAGCGACCAACACGGCAAUCAUUUUGCCAGUGAGAUUAAGGAGCAACACAGCCACUGCUUGAUUAGACGGGUCAGCCACAAACCCAGUGUUUAUCUUGUUUGAUACAUUAUGUAGCAACAAAGCCAUUGUUUGAUAGGACGGAUCAGCCAUCAACCCAGUGUUAAUCUUGUUCGAUAGAUUAGGCAGCAACACGGCCAUUGCUUGAUUGGACAGAUCAGCCAUCAACCCAGUGAUAACCUUGUUCGAUAGAUUAGGCAGCAACACGGCCAUUGCUUGAUUGGACAGAUCAGCCAUCAACCCAGUGUUAAUCUUGUUCGAUAGAUUAGGCAGCAACACGGCCAUUGCUUGAUUGGACAGAUCAGCCAUCAACCCAGUAAUAACCUUGUUUGAUAGAUCAGCCAUCAACCCAGUGUUAAUCUUGUUCGAUUGAUUAUGUAGCAACACAGCCAUUGCUUGAUUGGACGGAUCAGCCAUCAACCCAGUGUUAAUCUUGUUCGAUUGAUUAUGUAGCAACACAGCCAUUGCUUGAUUGGACGGAUCAGCCAUCAACCCAGUGUUUAUCUUGUUCAAU